GCUUGUCUGGGUUGUUGUACUGAUCACAGGGCUCCGUGGGACACAGCUGGUGGAAAUGCAGCAAAACUUAAAGGUGUUAUUUUAUCUGCUGUGGGAGUGAGUGUGCUAAGAACUAACUCGUUCAAAAUUAGAAUCAGAGUUGUGAAGAUGCUUUUAUUAAAACCAGAACAGCAUAGAAACAUCUGUGUCUUCCACAACCCUCCUUUUCCAACCGGUUGUGUUUGCAGAGUGAGAAGACACUGAGCUGAUUAUUUUAGCUCUACCUGGAAAUAUUUAUUGUCAAUACUUGAAUGGUUUGUAUUGCAAGGACUUUGUUCCUUCUUGUUGUUCCCAAGUCACCAAAGCACACCCUGGCUCUGCAGGACGUCCUUGCCUUUCUACUCGCAGUCUAACCAGAGAAAAUGAGGUGCAGCUUCACCGUGGGCACAGAGAGAAACUGUCUGUGGGUAAUGUGCUUUAGCUGAAAAAUAAAGUAAAAUAAUACCAGCACUUGCACCUCCACAAGGCCAUCUCCAGGACUGUCACUGUGUGGAAGCUGUUCAUGUUCCUGUUGGCUCAUGAUCUGUGGAAAUCAGUGGGGGAUUGGGCCAGUGGAUGGGUCUGAGCUUCCAUUUUCUGGCUUUUGAGAGCAAACUGCUUGCGAGCAGAGGUUUAAAUGUCUAGAUAGGGGAUUGAUCCCCCACAUGCAGAUUUUCAGGGCUGUUGACAAAGCUGAGGCUUUCCAGUUCUCCCAAAAAACAGUUGUCCAGGCGCCGGGAUGGAGCUGCACUUCUGGCUAACAAGUGUGAGCACCCGCCACGUGUGAGUAUCCUCAGAGCACUGAGUAUCUGCGUUGUAACAGCUCAUUUAGGGUGCUGGGUGUGUCCUGCCCUCCUCCCGAGGCCCUUUGGCUGCGGGAGGGUGUCACUGUGUUCUGUGCUGGUGCCACGUGUGGUGGCACUGCUGACACCCUCGCUGGCACCGAGCCAGCAGCGGGCACUUUGUGUGCGGGCGCUGGGACAGAUCGGAGCAGGGGGACGUGCAGUGCCUGGCUCCGCUUCUCCCUCGUCUGUACUGCCUGGCAAAGCUGGAAAAGGAGCUUUGUGUCCUGCCAUCGUGCGCAUUCCUGCUGGUUUCACUGCGAGAGCUCUUUGCCAUACGUGGAAUUUCUGUAGCUACUCCGAGGGGCUGUGCAGGGGAGUGCAGGUUAUACUGAGCUCAUAGGGACAAUGUGCAAGUUGGAGCUUUUUCAAGGCAAGGAGUUGGUUGCUGAAUCGUGUUAGGAGCACAGUUAAAAUUGAAAGCAUAACUCUGCUAUAUUUAUUCCAGUUCUGCCAUGGCAGCCCAGUGCUGAAACGCACCAAAAGGGGACUCUCGAAAGAAGUUCCCUCAUUUGCAUGUGGUGUUGGCUUCAACUUUGAACACGAAGGGGGAGUGUUUUUGUUGCAGUUAAAUUUUUGUGCCCUGUGAAUGUGGUUUAGAUUUACAGCAGUGCCGAGCACGCUCGCAGCCUCAGUCAGCUGCGAGAGCUCUCCCGCUGGGGCUGCUCCUCUCUGAUGGAAAAGGAGCAGCUGGGAAGGUGCUGUUUCAGGCUCUUGCUGGCAUUAAAAAAAAAAAAAGGAAAAAACAAACCCCCCACCCGCUUACAUUGGAGAGGGGGAACCAGGCCACGUGACUGCCGCCAUCCUACCCUAUGUCACCGUGUGUAGGAGCGCUGACUGCUCCUGCCCAAUCAUGCCUGGAAUGCUGCUUGCCACUUGGGCUAUUUCUGCUAUCUGUCGCUCCCAGGGCUGCAGUGCUAACCGUUUGGCAGAUGGGACACUUUUCCUUGGAGUUUAUGUCUCUGGUUUUUAACUUCUGGCGGUGCCCGAAUUGUUGCUGUUCUCCCUCUCCCCUUCUCCUCUCUGUAAAACCAUGGCCCAUCGGCUGCGGUUUCAUUUUGGCUCCGGGAGAAGCAACACAGCCCCCGAGUCGGAGAUCCUCGACCGGGAGAGGGAAGAUGACUUUUUCCUGGCGUUCCACACGCUGCCAAGAAGGAGCAGCCCUCACGCGUUCUCCCGGCUCGGCGCGGACUGCGGCGACGACGGCGACUUGCAGGAGGUGGGCUCGCUGAAGAGGAGCACGUCCAUGUUCAUCCCGCAGCUGCUGGGCAGCGUCGAGGCGCGGCCCACGCGCAGCUCCUCCGUGCAGAUCUCGCUGCAGCGCAAAGCUGCCGACGGCGACAGCGGGCCCCCCGAGGACGCCCCGCCCGGCAAACCCUCGGACUUCGGGGAGCACUGCGCGGCCCCUCCGGAAAAACACGGCUCUGCUCGGAGCAGUCCGCAGGGGACUCCCGACAGCUCUGCGCCUGGGCCAACCGAAGGGUCGGGACAGCAGACAAACGGAACUGUUUGCUGUAAUCACCGAGUGUUUUGUACCAUCCCCUCCAAUAACCAGGGCAAGGAGGCUCCAUCCGCCGCCCAGCGAGACGAGGCGAGCGAAGCGGCUUCGGGUUUGAACAUCAGUGGAGUGAGGAUUCAGCAUCGGGCUUCGAGUGCGGACGUGCCUCAAGUUACUCUGCUCCCCUUGGGCUCGGAGGCUCCAAACAGCGCUCCCAGCCCUGAACCCCGGCGUUGGUCCUUGCAGCAUGUGCCAGAUCUGUCAGCAAAUUCAGGGAAAAAGUUCUUUGUUCUCCAGUUACAACAACCGCAGAGCAGCGGAGCGGGCGCAGGGGGCGGAUGUAACUUUGGGUUUACUGGAACAAAGGGGGACAGAUUGGUCAGGUAUCCUCGGAUACGGCUGGAAAGGAGUACUUCCUACCCUGUCCAGCCGCCAGCAGAAGGAAUGAGCCCCUCAGCUGAUGGGCUGGCUUCAGAACCGCCUGGGAACGGCAGGAACAGGUCAGAAAUACCUAGAAGCAAUUCGGUAGAGCGGAUUCCUCAAGGGCAGGGAUGCUUGUUUAAAAUCAGGCCAGAUCAAAACACGAGGCAGCAGCACUUCAGGAUUCUUGUCACCCGUGGGCCCGAAGAAGGUCAGGGUGUCGGGAAAGACGGUCGUGGCACCCCUGGUCCCACAGCAGCCGGCGCCGCAGUAAGUACAGUGUGUGCUGUGCCAUUGACACGCGUGUGCCGGGGACACGCGUGUGCCGGGGACACGCGUACUGCCUUCCAGAGCCUGCUGGACUGGAGGCAACUGCAGCACUUGCAUGGUUAGUGCUGGAAUGUUCUGCGUUUCUCAGGACCCAGCCACGAAUCAUCUCUGUUUCUGAUCGAACGUAACUUUGCUCUCAGUUGUGAUUACAUCCAGUGUAGUAUUUUCAGAGCCUACUGUCACAUGUUUCUUAAUUCACUGUUACGUCAGCUGGAAAGAUUUUUGAAAAUCGCAGCAUUCAAAUGGCAAAUUAUGUGUUCACGUUUAGUUGGGUGAGACCUUCAGGACUCUGGGUUUAAAACCAAGUAUUUUGGCACGCUCUAAGUGUGAUGUAUCCACGUGUGCACCUCCACACGCUUUAAAAUACGUAUUGUAGUGCAAUAGCAGGUAAGACCACGGGAAUCUUAGGAUAAUUCCAAUCAAAAUACUGACUUAGAUAAGGUUAGAUAGUUUUGUUUUUCUCCUUCUGGAAAUGCAAAACUCACCAUGUUUCUGUGUGCCACAAGUCGUGAUCCGAGUCGAAGUGGCUGGGCACAGCUCAGUAAGCAGUCUUGUUUGGAUUUGCCUUGAUUUGGUGUUAAGAUGGCAAAAUUAACUUUCUGGGUUUGCUUUGUUGCAGCGGGUGAGGAUUGAUGGCUGAUGUUUUUCAGCCACCCCGAAGGAGGAAUGAAACUGAGGGGUUUAGAUUAGUCAUUUGCUUAAAUUGCUUCGCCGUGCAAUCCAAGCCGGCCCACUUGAGUUGCCGAGCUCGCUGGGGGAUGCUGUAUAUAGCUCUGCAGGCUCCAGCUGUGGGAACAGGCACCGAGGGGACCUCGGGCUCCCAGGCACUGAAACACAGCACAGAGGCAGCUGCUCCUGCAGCAAGGCCAGGGAUGACUCUGCAGCUUUCCCCUGGAACAGCUCGUGGGCUCCGAGUUAUUCCAGAGUGACUUUCUUUUGAGCUCUUCAGUGGGCACUGUGAGUAGAAAACCACAGAGUAUCCCUAAGGUUUUAUUUCAAAAGAGUGGAAUGAAAAGGAAUCCCUUGCCCAGUCCAGGUUUGGUUUCAGGCUGUGUAAGGGAGCAGUUUUGGUCAGGAGUGUGUCGUGUCUUUCCUGUCAGCCUGAGAACAUCUCAGCAAGACUAUUUGGAAGGCAGAAGCUUCACUGCGUUUCUUCUUGAUUUCACUUGCUGUAUGCAGUGCAACAUUAAGUGUUCUAAAUCUCAUUCUGAAAAUGAAACAGGAAAAAAAAGGUAUAUCUGAUUUUCCCUUUCCUAUUUAUUAUCCCUCGUUCCUUUCCAAAAUCAGCUGUUCAGGGAGAAGCACCAUAACCAAUUGUAGAAGCAGCUCCAGGAUGUCAAACCGAGCACAAAAGCAGCAGAGGUUUGUGCAGAUGUGCCCCAGUGUGGAUUUCCAUACCAAAGAUGUGCUUUGGUGUUUCCAGAGGAGAACGAGAAGGUUGUUCCUCCGUGCUCUCCGUUUCCCACUGAGGGACUCAGCCCACAGGGCACUGCCUUCUGUGGGGCAAAAAGCCUCAGAGGAACAGAAUAAGUUGAAACCUGAACCUUUUUUCGUGGUGUUUGUCAUCUUUGUAGUAAGCCCAGAAAUAUGCUGGGUAGAGGUAACUGGCUGGGCAGGAUCCGUGGGGAGUGUGGGGAGCGGAGGCGUUGUGGUGGUGCGGGUUUUGCUUUAUUUUUCAACACAGAACAUUCCCUGAGAAGGUGCCUUUUUUAGUCUGUCCCACAGAAGUAAGUUUGGAGGAUCUGUGAUGCCACUCAGGCUGCGCCUGAAAUAUCUGAUCUCUCAAGCUGAGGGGAGAAGUUGCCAUGGUUUACAGUUUGCAGCGUGAAAAACACGAAGUGUGGAGCGUGGCGGUGCGAGGGGUUGGGGUGUGUGUGACUGAUGAGGGCUGGGAGCAGCAGCUGCUGCAGCCGGAUUUAUCUCGGAGCAAACAUCCGAGCGGGCGUCUGCAGUCCUGCUGCUCCCAGGGCCCGUGACCUUCCAAAUAGCUGCUCUGGGAGACAAGUGCUCUGGGGCACGCAGGAUGUGUUUCAUUACCAGGCAGUGUGAAAUGCUGAGGAAAGGCUGAGCUUCUGUCUAAUUGUGAAAAAGUGUGUUUGGAAGUCUUGUUGCAGAUUGGUUUUGCCUGGCCUGGUAUUUUGUGUCGUGCGGUGGAAGGUCUGUGUACUGUGCAUAUCCCACAUGCUGCCACUGGUUAUCACUGGGGGCUGUGAGUGCAGAGCUGGAUCGGUGGGAAACACUUCAGAAAUGGCAUGUAUUGGCCAACUGUUGGAGAGAGCUGACAAAGGCAUCUUUGUUGGGAGCAAAACACAACGUGCCCUAACAAAACGUUGCAGCAGUAGGACUCAAUUCUAUUCAGUUAACGAACAGAAAUGGCACCACUGGCUCUUUCACAGCUCAGCUCUUCUCUCCUUCCUUAGAAAUCAUUUUAGGAUAAAUGUGGUUGUGAAAGUACAGAAUCGUGCAUGCUCCAGAGAUACCAGCUGGGAUUGGGAUGCAUAAAGCAAAAAGAGCAAGCUCAGAUAAGGGGAAGGGCCUCGGAUAGUGGGAGGCCUCUUGCUGUCACUGGAUGGACUUGAGAUGUGUCAGUGGUGAGCUUUGUGUUUGCUCUGGGGUCAUUUUCAUCACCCAGAGCAGAGCAGAGCCAAGUGUGCUGUUAACAAAGCUGUGCAGGGGAAAGGCAGAGCUGUUGGCUGGAAUCCUUCUCCAAAAUUAGUAAUUAGCCACUGACAAUUACAUGACUGCAAUUGAGACGAGGAAAAAUAUUUGCUCUUUCUCAGAAUCACAUAAUAACAUAUUCUAAUGCAUUAUUAUAUUAUGAGAGCAUAGAGCACCGUGGAUCUUGACAGUUUGUUUUUCGGGGGGAUGGAUACUUUCUUAGUCCUUCCAGUCCACUCACCAUUUUCCUUGGUUUCAGUGACAUCCCUUAAGCAUAAAAAGGUUGUUGGUAACCCCUUUGUACCUUUGUGACAUCCUGCAGUUUGGAAAAGAAUUCUACCAGGGCAAAAGUUGGCAAAGAAUAGAUAGUAAUCCAUGCAGCAAAUUGCUACUACUAGGCAAGUUUAAAUCCUUGACCCAUCUUUUCUAUCCCACUGGGAGAGCUGUGGGUGGAAUCUGUCUAUUCGUAUUGGGGUUUGUUUAUUUGGGGAUUUGAGCUCAGAGACAGCAGGGCAGUGGGUUUGCCAGAGGUGAUUGUUAUUUGGUGGGUGAUGCAGCUCAGAGAGGGAUCUUGGCUUUCUCCUCUAGAGCUGCCCUUCUUGCCUGUGCCACUGCUGUGCUCCGUGCCCAGCCUGUCACCAGCUUCAUUUACAUCACCUCCUGGAACUGGCCCCACGCUGGGACAUUUUUAGCAGUGCAGGUUCUCUUGCAAUUCUGGAACCAAGUCUGAAUGUCUGAGAGCUCCAAGGAAUAAACAGAUAAAAGUGGGACAAAUCCUAUUCCUAAGGAGCUUGUAUGCAACUGCUUAGCUGCCUGUCCUGUAUUCCCAUGGAUGAGAGUGGAAGCAGCAGCCACUCCACUGAGAUUGGAACUGAGCCUUGGAGACUUCCAUGGGAUCAUGGAAUAGUUUGGGUUGGAAGGGACCUUAAAGCCCACCCAGUGCCACCCCAUGCUAUGGGCAGGGACACCUUCCACUGUCCCAGGUGCCUUCCACUGCUACCUGGACUCUUAACAGGCAUUUCUAGAAGAUAAUUCAUGUAGCCCUUGGCUGGAGGUUUGCAGUGGCUCAAAUGAAUAGUGCUGUGAUUUUCCUGGCUCUACACUUGCUCUGCAAGGAGUGCAGAUGGGUAUCUGGAGAGCCUCUGGUCUCUGCAGAUAAGGACUCUGUUGACAGCUGCAGGUAGAGGAUGAUGAAUUCCAGCCCUUGGGUCUCUUUAGCUUUCAUGUUAAGGACAAAAUCCGUUCUUCUCUCCUCAACAAGAAAUCACCUGCCCCCCUUUUUAAUUAUCGUCUCCAUCAGCUUGCACAUCUGUCCUUAAACAUUCUCACUGCUGAGGAGGGGGCCAGGCUCAGACCCAGGCAGAGCUGGAGCUCAUUUGCAAGAAGGGAAGUACCAAGGGCCAGAAUGAAUUUUGCUUUUUCCUCUUUUCCCCCUGUGAGUGGAGCACAAAUAGCACAUGGCCAGUAGUGUAAAUGAGCUUGCAGAGUCAAGAAAUUCAUCUGUAAUGGAAGUGCUGACACGGGUUUAACACUGCAGGUGCCAGCCAGAGCUGCCUCGCUGCAGAUCUGGCCCCACAAAAUUACAGAGAAGGAACCAGAGAGAGUCUUGAUUGCUUUUUGUGCUCUUCAGCUGCUUUGCUAUUUGAGAAAAGCUGCCAAGUAAUGACGAAUUUUUGGACCGUGCGUGUUUUAUGCACGUAAACAGAACACAAGUUCUGCACAUGAACAGAAGUUUUUAGUUCAGCAGCUGUUCUAAAGCCUAAUCUACCCUGCUGAGUUGCUUUCCAGGUUAAAUCUCGUUGGAAAAUGUAUUAUUGCAUAUGUUCAUCUAAAGUCCAGUGCUUUUAUCUGUCUUUGCAUCUACCAGGAUGGCAUUGGGAGCUUCCAAUAGUCAGUAGUUCUGUACAGACAAAUAAAUUAAUACAGCCAGCAGUAUGACCAGGCAGCUUUGUGUGUCCCAAAGGGAUGAAUAAAUCAAAAGGGUGUGUGGGAGAAGCUAAUUCCAGAGCUAAAGGCAAAGGAGGGAGAUGAGUUGUGCAAAUUAAAUACAGAGCGUGCCGUGUACUGAGGUGUGAGUCCAGAGCUGUCAGUGCAGCUUCCCUUGCAGCCUGGGCUGGAAAUAACAACUUCCAGCCUGUAUUUUAUGCAUUCCAGGAAAAGAAUAAGAGAACAUCAGCUUUGUUGAGAGGUGGGAGUUUUUUCUUUGGUAGGAGGUUCAGCUCUAAAUGUCCAUGGCCUGACUGGCCUCAUUCUCUGUUACUUGUUGAAGUCUGAUAUUCUUAAUCCUGCUACCUAAAGAAGGGGUUUGGAUGGCAGAGAAUAAUAUGUAAUCAUUCUUUAGAAUAAAUAAGGCAACAGGAGCCUACUUAGUCAGCAUUAGGUGUAGUGGUGAAUGUUGCUCUGUGUGCUGGAGGCUGAUUGCAGCACUUCCAAAGGCUGGGCAGGGCUCAGAGCAGACAGAUCACCCUUCAGGGAGGGGGCACAGCUGGGAGCUGCACAGUGGGAUGUGGUGCCCCUGGCACAAACAAAUGUGUUGUUUCUAACCUUGAAAACUGAGCAGGUGUCAAGAUUCUCGGUCUCAGCAAGGAAAAGGUGGUUGAAGAUGUGUUGGUGUAGAUGAUGGUUAAUUUACAGAAAUUAGGACUAGUUAAUGUCCGCCAAUCAGCAUGUCAGUGGCCUCAGCAGGAAGUAGCUUUCUGUUCUCCCUGGUCAGUGCACAGCCAUCUCUCCCCUCACCUGGUAGAAUGCAGGUCAAGUGUCAGAUAAAAGUGACCUUUAGGAUUCUUAAAUGGAUUUGGGUUUUUUUUCCUUAACAUCGGGAAAAUCAUUAAAGCCAAACUGUUUUGUCCAAUAUUGCCAAGCAUAAUGCCUUCUUGUGCCUUAAUGUGCUUCUGGGAUCAGCUGGUUGAAAGAAUGUACUUAGUACCUUUGGAAAAUUUGGGCUGAAUAAAUGUCAGCGUGCCUUGCCUGAUGCCAUUCUGGGAUCUCAUUUCCCUGCCUCCAGAGCCUUUCCUGACUUUGAUUUCCCUGCCAUCCAUGUCUGUUGUUUAACCUCAGCCCACAUACCUAAAGCACUGCCUCACAGUCCAGAUAAACACGCUGAUGGUCCUGAUGUAACAGAGCUGGCUGCUUGGAAAAGGUGCUGCUCCCGCUCAUCCCUGGCAGUUUAUAGGACACUCACAGGUGUGAGCUGCUGCACUUCUCCAGGAUGGCUGAGGAGCACUGGAAUAGUUUUAGGGGGAAUAUAAAUCCCCCUAGCACGCUAGAGCAUUUGUACUCUUACAAUACUUGGCUUUUCUGGGGGCUCUAUUUCUUUAUUGCUCUCUGCCAAGAAAGCACUUCAAUAGAAAAAUUGGUCAGGACAGAAGUGGAGUGAAACCCCAAAGUCUGAAUACAUCCAAAAGUCUGAGUUGCUGUUGACGAGGAGAGGAAGCAGAAAAAGUAGGACAUUGCUUAGAGCAGAAGGAAAGGUAGGAUAUAAGUAGAUUAGUGAAGAGGAGAGAAGGAGUGUAGGUAAUAAAAGAUCUGUCACUGGAAUAGCUCCUGGUGUUCACAGCACAAGGCAGCGUUAAUGAACAAUUUACCAGCUAAUUACCCUCUUUAAUUCUGCUUAAUAUUGUGUAGCAUGGCAGAGCUUCCCCAGCCUCCCUCACCUGCCUGCCAGUAUCUGCAGGAGCAGCUCCCAGCUCCAGGUGCCCUUCCCCCUGGAAAUGCACUCCCAGUGCCCGUGGUGUGGGGAGCUGAGGGGCAGCAGCGCUGCAGGGGAAGGGAAGGGAAGGAUGUGUUUGCAUGGGCAGGGAGGGCUGCUCUGGGCACCCUCCCCGGGUGGGAGCAGUGCCAAGGAUGAGAGUUGGAGCAAAUGAAGAAUUUGGGGGCCUCUCUGCAAGUUCCAAGUAGUAAAAUGCAGCUGUUUGUGCUUUGGAGAGGCACCAACCCCUCCUCCUGGGAACAAUCCUGCUGCUGCAAAGCCUCUGCCCUCUGCUCGCCCGCUCCACCCUGCUGGCCUCACAUCUCCAUCCGCUUUCUCCACUCAGAGUACCAUUGUUCCUGGAAUCCUGUGUGCCUCUGAACUCCUCAGCUCUCAAGGUGUGCAGGUGUUUGUGCUGCAGCUCUGCACGUACUCAGGGUACUUCUCUGCUGCUUCAGAAACCAAAACCUGACACGAGAGGCCCUUAAUUUCUUCCAGUAUUUGCUGGCUCUGUUACUCGGGUGAGGAAGCUUUGAGGGCUCUGAGCAAAGACUUUCAGCAAGAGUUCUUUGGAAAACUGCUCUUGGAGUGCUGCCCUUGUCACAGCGCGUGGGGUGGGCGGGUGAAGGUUGGGGCACAGGAACGACCGCGGUGCCACGCGUCUGCCCGGUGGGUUGGGACACGUGAAGCGCCCUGGCCACGGCAGCGUUUCCCAAGCUCUGUGCUCCUCCCCGAGCUGCAGCUGUGGGGCUGUUGUGGGAAUGCUCUCUUGGCAUCCCAGGCUGGAAUUACACGGUUUGCAGAGGGCAGGUUUGUCUGUUCCGCCGUAGAGCAGAUUGUUGUGCAAAAUGUUUGGAGCUUAGUGGUGCUCACUGACUACUGCCUUGGGAAUGUGAGUCCAUCCCACUGUGCCUCACUGUUCUCUUGGGGAGUUACAAGGAUAAGAAGAUUAUUCCAUUUUUGUUUUGAGAGGGUUUUUUGUCAAUAAUUCCUUCAUUUCUUACAGAACAAGGGACAGAAGCUGUCGUAACAGAUUUGCUCUCUAUCUGUUCUUUCACUUCUGUACACUGAUUUUGUUCCUGUUUUCCUCAUCCUCUCAUUGCUCAGGCCUGUUUUGAGGGUCUCAGGCAUCAGCUCCCUCCUCCUGCCAAGGCUACUCCUUGCCCUCUGCCCUAUUUGGUCUGUUCAGUGGCUGAGGAAGAACGGAUUCCCGUGUUUCCAGAGGCAUUGGUAGUGCAGUAAUACGAAUUCUAGCAGGUAUUCCCUCUUGUCCAUCACAGAUGGAGCGUUUGAUAACUGAGGGUGAGGAAGCAGCUGCCUGUUUGCAGCCCUCCCAUGUCAUACCUUUAACUACCAGAGGCCCUUUCCCUGGAAUGAAUGGAAUAAGGCUUUAACUGGCUGUCUUCUCCCUGACAUUGUCCAGAGGUUUUUUUGGCUGUUACUCGUGUUUCAGGAAUAUAUCAGAUCUUGGCAUAGGUGCCCGGUGUUGUUUUUUUGUUUAAUGUUUAAAUAAGCAGUGGCAAUGCAAGAGAAGUAAUUUAGAAUUUGAAUAAUUGAUGUUUAUGUCCUGUGGCUUGCUUAAUCUGUUUAAGAAAGGAUCCAGUUGUGGUUGUCCCUGUGUGCCAGGAAGGAGACUUUUUUUCCCUCAGCUGUGACGAUCUUGGAGCAACAGUGCCUCACGUCGGAAGCUGCAGCUCAAGGCACGAUGUCUCGGCUGUGCUUUGGUUCCCAGGGUCUGCCUGCCUUGUUCCCUGGCUCUGUGGUGUUGCAGAUGGGGAGCAGGGACGCAGGGCUGUGUGUGACACACCUGGAGCCCUGGGUGCAGUGCAGGACGGAAAGUGAAAGUUGAGAGGGAAAGUGUCAGGGAAGCUGAAACCCGACGCUGUUGUUGUGUUGAGCUUCCGGAGGAAAAGCCGGUGUUUGUUUGUUCUGGUACCAAGGAAAAACAGAGGAUUGUAUUUAGGAAACAACCCCCCUGUGUGUGUGGUGUGCUCUGCCUGCACUUGCACAUUUGCAGUAGGGAAAACUUGGGUUUGUUCCGUGGUUACAUCGUGUGCCUCAUCGUUGGGCACAAACCCUGGGUACCUUCAGGGGGGUGAAUUCAUUCCCAUGGCAGUUCCAUGGAGAGGGAACCUCUGGCUGUGUCUGAGCAAGGUGGGGUCAGAUGGUGUGUUUAUUCCAUUAAACCUCUGGGUUGUCACUGCCCAGGGGGAGAGAAGAGCAGGGCAUGGGCUGAUAGCACCUCUUGUGAAUUCCCACCUUUUGGGAAGCCUUAGGAAAAGAUGAGUGCAAAUAUUUAUAGCCAGGUUGCAAAGAUCCACUGCUAAAAUGUGGUAAAUUGCCAUUAUUAGCAAAUGGAAAAUGGAAUUUUAGUUGUGCUUGGGAAGUGGGAAGUGCUGCUGAAAAUAUUUUGCUUAGGAAAGGAGCGGUGACAGUGGCAACUGAAAUUUUAUAGAAACGAAAAGAGAUUUAUUGCAGUUCAGUUAAUAAAGAGAGGGAACUAUUGCUGAAACUUGCCAACUAAGAACUUAAUUUUAGUAUUCCUUUCAUCAAAUGAUAAAGGAAUAUAAUAAAAUUAUCAUUGUAGCUUUAUUCAUAUGAAUGAGAUCAGGGGGUUGAUAAGCCUGAGGUGUAGAAAGACAUCUCUGAUGGCUAAUUAGUAUUUUAAGGUUUUAGUCAAGAGCAGUUAAAGACUAGUGUGUGUUACCCACCAGGAAUGCAGGGAUUUGAAAAGUUGGGAAUUAACCUGCUUGUGAUUUAUUUAGAGUAAUGAACCUCAUCAGGCCAUUUCCACCUGGGUAGAUCAGGCUCUAAUAAUUCAGCCACAUGGUUGUGUACUGAAAAGCGACACAGGGUGGUUGUGGUGUCUGAGAAGGGGGUGAGUAUUUUACUUUAAGGCAUUAAAAACCCAGGUAAAUUCACUACAGGGAUUGUGUCAGCCUGCUCUGAAAUUAAGCAACAUCUGGACUGGAACGUGGCAUCUGUUUUAACAGUGCCCAGAAAUAGCACCCACCGAUUUUCAGGUCGGGAAGCUGGGAACAUCCUGACCAUCUGAAAAUGCCAAGGGAGGCAACUGUAGGUGGGUGGGGUGUUAUUACCCAGCAGUGGUGUGUGGCCAGGGGCCCAGAACACCUCUGACAGUGCUCCAGGCUCAGCUCUGCACCCUUUGGGACCUUUGAGCCUCUUUUCCUCUUUGCUUUUCCUUUCUCUGCUUUUUCUGGCACUGAGGACUUUAUCCCAGGCUUUUGUUUCGGGCUUUGGGGAGUUAUCAAGUUGCAGCCUCAUUUUUACAUGCAUUUGUCUUGGGAGUGUCACCUUGUCCCCUCAGUGUCCCCUGCUGAACAGUUGUUUCACACUGUGAGGCACAAGUUUGGCACAAGUUAGAAUUUCGAGGUGCUUCUGUUGUUUUUUACUAAUAACACUUAAUGAGGUGUUUCCUCAUGCCAUUGCCUUUGCUGAUGGCUGUCUUCUAAUAUUGAUCCUUAAUGAAAGCAGGAGUAAGAUACAUGCAAACUUUACUGCACAGGAAAACUGAACAUGUAUUUACUCUGUUCAAAAUCUGUUUUCUUCAGAGCAGUUGAUAUUGGAGUAUCUGUAUUGAAGCAGGAGUGGGCAGGUACUUGGGAUUUGGCAAUAUUAAGGGAGAAAUGUGUUAAUUCCCUAAAAACUUACCAGGGCAUACUUACCAGGUUGUUUUCGGUCAUUUCUAGGAAGUCCAAAAUCUGUAAUGAAAAAUCUUUGUCCUACAAACAGCAUUCUUAUGAUGUUAUCACAUAAAAUAUGGAUUUUAAUAUUUAACUUAAUGCUCUGCUAUGAGAAAUAUGUAAACUUGGCUCUGGAGCAGCAGCACGCACUUCCUGGAAUUCCAUGCAUGGUGUGGCUAUAAAUAGGCAGCAGGUUAUUUGGGAAUCACUGGGGCUGGUCUGGUGUCACAGAGAAACCGUGUUUUUGGAAGAAUGCAAGUUCUUGAUUUUGGGAAUUCCUGUCUGAGUGAAUCCCAAGUGUCCUGGAGCACGGACCAGCUCCUCCCCAUGCCGGAAUUCCCUGUGUUCAGGGGAGCCUUGGGACUGUCCCCUUCACCAGGACACCGCCUGGGGCUCCUCAGGGCUUUUGGGGAGUUCCUGGGCUGGUUUGGGGGAUUCCCCCCGGCAGGAUUGUGUCCAGCACCACCACACGGAGCCUGUCUGAGUGUCCCGGAGAGGUGAAUUAUGACAACAAAUAAUGACAACAAUAAAGGGGUAGGAGCCAGCUGAUUGCUGAAGUAAUGGUACUCAAACAUCUUUGUUUGUUUCAUUGUGACUAAAUUGUUGUUUGUAUUUUUUUUGUUUUUCUGAUGUAAAAUUCCUCCUCUUUCUGCCUUUUUUUUUUUCCUCUCGUGU